UAAAUUUGACACUAGUUUUUGACAUUAAAAAACAUCUUACAAUCACAAUGGUAAACUAAAAUCCAAAUUGGCUUUAAUUCACCACACUUCCAACAAGAUGCACGGUUUUCUGGUGAGGUGAUGGUUCGGCGUGUCCAGAGAUGGCGCCCGCCGACUCUCUUUAGAUCACUCUAACAUAUUUCUUUGGUGGUUGGGACAUAAACUCGCACCCGGUGCCGGUUUGCAUGUUAACAUUCUAGUCACAAAAAACAAAGCCAUAAAUGACUCACGCCAAAGAGAAAGUGCGAAAGCACGAAUGCGCAGUCUGCCAAAAAAAAUUCCUCACGAAACACGAUCUCAAGAAGCACCUGCGAGUGCACACCGACGAGCGGCCGUACGUGUGCAAAGAAUGCAAUCAGGGCUUCCGGCAGGCCGGCUCCCUCAAAAAUCACGUGGCGGCCAAACACUCUCUAGGGCUGCCAACCCUGCAAACCUACGUUUGCAACUAUUGCAACAAGGAGUUUCCGGUGAAGGAGCGUUUGAGACUCCACAUUCGCAUCCACACGGGGGUGAAGCCCUACCAGUGUCGCAUCUGCCCCAAGACGUUCGCGAGAGGGGGGCAAUUGGUCCAGCACAUGCGGACGCACACUGGAGUGAAGCCCUACACAUGCGAUAUUUGCUCGUCGGCGUUCACGUGUUCAGCCAAUCUGAAAUUGCACAUUAAAGGCCAUUUGGAGAUUAGAGACUACGUGUGCGACAUCUGUGGGAAGAAAUUCUACAGAAGAGACGCCUUAAAGAAACAUCUCACUUGCUACCACGGCAAUCUGAAAGCCUUCCAUUGCAAAAUCUGUAAUAAACAGUUGAAAGGGCACUUACCCCAACACAUGAGAGUGCAUAAGAAGGAUAAGCCUCAUGGGUGCGCCCAUUGUGGGGCCCGAUUUGCGCAAAGGUCGCAGUUGACUGUUCAUCAGAGAAUCCACUCGGGGGAGAAGCCCUAUCGGUGUCAAGUCUGCUGGAAGGCUUUCGCCCAUUCGACUGCACUCAAACUCCACAUCAGACGACAUACGGGGGAAAAACCCUUCGUGUGUGUCCUGUGUGAGAAUGUUUCGUUUUCACAGUUGCCACACCUGAAGAAGCACAUGUUGUGCAUACAUAAGAGUUCGAAACCGUAUGUUUGUAGCCACUGCCGGAGCUUCCACCAAACCAAAAACGAUCUCGAUGGUCACUAUGCCAAGUGUCAAGACUACUACAAUAACCUCCACCAAAAAAACGAGAUUGAUAUCAAUACGAUUGACCCACCCAUGUCUUUGGAAAAAAUGAGGUUCCUUUUAGCCGUACUAUUGAAGAAGAUUUCCUCGCAGGAAAGACUGGAAGAGCUCGGGUUUAAUAAGAGACUCAUCGACGACAUCCUCGUAGAUUCGAUAAAGAGCUCGGGGAGGGAGCCGUGCAAAGAUACGAGUCUUUCAGUCGCGGAGAAACUUAAAAAGAACGUCGAGAUUCUCCUCGAGUGGACUGUCCCCAAACAAUACAUGGAGAAGUUUAAAAACGAACAAAGAUCGACCGAGGAGCUUUUAGAAGAAUUGACUUCGUAAUCAAAGAGUUAGUACAAUAUUGUAGACUAGUAGGUAGCUUACUGACUGUUGCAAGUACCCGAAAAUUUUUUUCAUGACUGUUGCGCUUUUUGGUAUACCGUUCUUGCCCAAAGUGUGAAAAGUACAAAAAUCAGCUUUAAGAAGCACUCACAUACCAAAGGGAGAAACCAAAAGGUUGUACAGGAUACAUUUAGCUUUAUUUGUUUUUUUUUAAUUUUAUUUAAGACCAAAGAAUUUUUUGUUGUAAUUUUUAAGUUUUGUUUUGGUCGGGCCUACCGACUGCACCAAUUCGUGUCAUAGCUUCUAAGUGCAAUACUUUUCGUGGCAAUUUUGAGUUUGGCAUCACAAUUGUAUAAACUGUCUAAACUAAUUUUGUGGUGUGAUGUUUAUAUAAAAAUAUAUCGACGUGGUGGUUCAAUUUAGUUAGGAGUUUUUUAAUGUUCCUUCAAGCAUUUGCCAGUCGAGUGCCAUAUUAUAUUUACUAAUCAUUAAAAAGAAACAAAAUUUUAUUAUACCACCACUUAUCUAAGUGUUAAUUAUAUUUUCUAAACGUAUGGUUUUUAAUGUUAUGGGCCGGUUUUCAAACCUCUUCCACUCUAAAAAUAAACAAUAAAAAUGAA